UCUGCAAGAUGUUUACAAAAUGCAAUGAUGGGUCUGUUGCUAAGUUCACUUUUGACACAGUGAAUAACACCUUUGAAAGCAUGACACUCUCAUUUGAACCUGCAAUGAGGGGUUGGCGAAAAGCAUGCAGGGGAGUUAUAGGGCUUGAUGCCUGCCAUCUAACAGGGGAAUAUGGGGGAGUAUUGAUGGCUGCAACUGCACUUGAUGGACAGAAUGGGUUAGUAAUGUUAGGAAUUAUGGUAUGCAGAGCUGAAACAAAGGAAAAUUGGAUCAUUUUUUUGAAGCAUUUGAAGGAUGCAAUAUUAGCACAUCCAGUGAAAGUGGCUUUCAUUUCAGAUAGGCAAAAAGGUUUAUUGGAAGCUGUUGGUAUAGUGUUCCCUGGCCAUCACCACAGAUACUGUUGGAGACAUUUAUACAAAAAUUUCAAGAAGGAUUACAAGGGUCUUGAAUUAUACAGUUCUUUAUGGAAUGCAGCAAAAGCAUACAAAGAAAAGCAUUUUCAGGAACAUUUUGACAAUAUUGUGAAACAGAGUGCUGCAGCUGGUGCUUAUCUCAGUAGAGAAGAUCCUGCUACAUGGUCCAGGGCCUUUUUUAACCCUAUUCACUGUUGUGAACAUAUGAACAACAAUUUUUCAGAGUCUUUUAACAAUAUGAUCAACAAGAUGAGAAAUAAACCAAUUAUAAUGAUAGGAAUAAUGUAUGCUAACUUAGUGAUGGGUACAUGGUACAAUAGGAGGACUGAAUCUGCAUCAUGGGUAGAUGGUAAUUUGGUUCCUACUGCUGUUACAUUGAUUAAGAAAAUGUUGGAAUUUGUGACUGACUAUGGUGUUGACCCUUGUGUGGCUGGAGAGUUAUAUAUGGUGACUAGUCCAAAGAAUUCUGUGUUCACAGUGAACAUACUUGCCAAGACUUGCUCUUGUUUGCAGUGGCAGUUGAGGGGGUUCCCCUGUAUGCAUGCAGUGAGUGCAUUGCAUAGCAUAAGGCCACAAUGGAGAAAGUACUGCAGUGAUUACUAUUCAGUGGAGAACUAUAAGGCCACAUAUGCACCAACUUUUGCACCACUAGAUGAUAAAAGUGAAUGGGUCCAGCCAAACAUGAACAAGAAGAUCUUGAACCCUCCUCACAGUAGGAAACCAGGAAGACCCAAGAGCAAGAGGGUAAGAAGUUAUGAUGAACCUCGUGUUGAGAAGACAAAAAGGAGGUGUGGGAAAUGUGGAAAUGUUACUAACCACAACAAAAGAACAUUGCUGGUGGUGAAGUGGGAUCUAAUCCAACUGCAAAGAGGGCCUGGCAGUCAGCCUUUGGCAACACCAUCUUCUACUCCAGCUUCCACAACACCUAUGAGUCUGCCAUCUAUAGCACCAUCUUCUACUCCACCCUCUACAAUAAAUAACCUUUAUCAGAACUUCUUUGGCAUUGGAUCUGUAUCUCAGAAUAUAAAACAAGGAAAGGGAAGGGGAAAUGGAAAGGCUAAGAAGAAAUGA